CUGCGACUUCAACGGCUGACGGGGCGCUGCGUGUGUGUUUGCUGACAUCACUCCUCCCUGACUCUCGGAAUCGUCCACAAUGGAAGCAGUUACGGAAGUCGCGGACGCGGCAGCCGCGGUGCCCGGCCUGGGAGACCUGCUGGACGCGGGGGACGGCGCCGUGGUGACGCUGGUGGCGGGCGACACCUGGCUGGCGGCGCACAGGGCCGUCCUCGCGGCCAGGAGCCCCGCGCUGGCGGCCAGCUUCCAGCACGACACGCCGCACGUCACCGUCACGGACGCGGAGGGCCCGGUGCUACGCCAGCUGCUAGCCUACUGCUACACCCUCCAGGCCCCGCAGCUGCCCAGCAUGGCUCCCCAACUGCUGGCAGCUGCCGACAAGUACGGCUUGUCGGGCCUGAAGGACGCGUGCGAGCAGCAGCUGGCAGCACAGCUGCACGUGGAGAAUGCGGCGGCCACAGCUGUGCUCGCGCUGAGCCACUCUUGCUCCAGGCUGAAGGAGGCCUCUGUCGCGUUUAUAAAAACCCACACCUACGAGGUGGUGAUGACGCAGGGUUGGGCGGAUGCUGUAGUCAGCCACCCACGCGCUGUUGUGGAGUUAACUUGCCUGAUUACAGAGCCACCUGCACCAACCAGCGCGCCAGUCACUACAGCUGGUGGGUCAGCCACUAAAGAGGGUGGACCAGCCACUAUAGAGGGUGGACCAGCCAUUAUAGAUGGUGGACCAGCCACUACAGAGGGUGGACCAGCCACUACAGAGGGUGGACCAGCCACUACAGAGGGUGGACCAGCGACUACAGAGGAUGAGGGUGCUAUGCCAGCCACUACAGAGGUUGGGCCCACCCCUGCCUCUCACCGCCAGCUCCCCUGCGUCCCCAGCCAGGCUCACGUCACAGCUGCGCCGCCCACGAUUCCCCAGCGUACAGCCUUGCCUGAUGAAGCCACAGCCUCCCCCAUGCGGAACCUUUCUGGACGAGAGAGAGACGGGCGGCUGAUACAGGCAGCUAAGCAGGGGACAGUGGAGGCGCUGCAGGAGCUCCUUGCGUUAGGCGCAGACGUGGGGGCGAGAGACGAGAACUGGAGGGGAUGGACCGCCCUCCACUGGGCAGCAUACUGGGGAGAUGCGGAGGCGGUGAGGUGCCUGGUAGAUGGCGGUGCAGAAGUGGACGCCAGAGACUACAGGAAGAUCGCGCCUCUGCAUUUGGCUGCAUUCAAUGGCCACACGGCCGUGGUACAGAUGCUCCUGGCGUCCUCUGCUGAUCCCAACUCCAGGCACCUUUCGGGAAGAACACCUCUGCACGCGGCAGCACACAGUGGCCACGCAGACGUGGUGGCUGUGUUGCUGGAGGCAGGAAGUGAGAUACGAGCCAGAGAUAACAUGGGGAAGACCUCCCUGGACUACGCCAGGCUGAAUAAACACCAGCACCUGGAAGAGAUGCUAUCUUGAAGCUUGCAGACCUAUAAUAUAAUCAUGUGGAAUAAAACAAAAG